GGAAACCAAAUCACAGUCUAGCUUAUUGUCAUGCGCAUUCUGAUUACUCUACACUCUAUAUAAAUCAAUUGAGUUUAGCGUUAUAGGCAAUCAGUUUUCAACCACUCUUCAACCCAUUUGGAUCUUCAACGUUCGGAACGCACUAUUUUUCUGAGAAUGGCGAAAUUGAGCUUCGUCGUGUUACUAGCUGCACUGGUAUCUUUCUGUGCUGCCCAAAACAACGAGAUUGGUAAUAAUAAGGAAUUGCUUGGUCAUCCUAAAAACGUAGCAGUUAACUGGGACAAGUUUAUGGUUCGCUUGUUGCGCGAAUUGAAUUUACCCCAAAAACCUUCACCUUCUAUCGACGAAAAGCAAGACCAAGGCGCUGGUAUAGAAGAUGUCGUUAAAGCUAACGGUAAUAAGGCUAGCCAAAGCUGCAGUUCCACCACGGGCUGUACCGCCACCGCAAGUGAAACCAACACCAGUAGCAGUGGCAGCAGCACUGGCACCAGCAGUACCAGUACUGGAACAAGCAGCAGUAGCAGUAGUGGAUCAAGUAGCAGUACCAGCACUGGAACUGGCAGCAGUUCAAGCAGCAGCAGCAGCGGUAGCAGCAGUAGUGGCAGUAGCAGCAGCAGUAGUAGCAGCAGUGGCUAAAUGUGAAUGAGCAAAACCCUACAUAUAGGAAUGGUCGUCACUUACCAAAAUAAUUUGAUAAUUUGAUUUACAACAUUUUUAAAUGAUUUUAUUCAGUUUGAAAUUGUGAAAAUUGAAAUUGAAUUAUGGGAGUACACUGCACAAGAAUAA